AUGCCAUUAAAAUCAAGGAAAGAUUGGAAGUCGAUCGUGCCCUUGUGUUUAACAACAAAAUCGGCUAAACGUUUUUGCUUAUUUUCAAAAGUGAAGUCCGAUGGCUGUGGGCCCAAAGCCACGCCAGUUUACCUCAAUGUGUAUGACUUGACGCCCAUGAAUGGUUAUGUUUACUGGGCUGGCCUUGGUAUAUUUCACUCUGGGGUUGAAGUUCACGGCGUGGAAUAUGCAUUUGGAGCUCAUGACUUUCCAUCUAGUGGUGUUUUCGAAGUCGAACCUCGUCAGUGCCCUGGAUUUCAGUUCAGAAAAUCCAUAUUUGUGGGGACCACAUCAAUGGAUGCUGCUCAGGUCAGGGAGUUUAUGGAAAGACAAGCCGCUAGGUAUAAUGGCGAUACGUACAACCUCAUACUAAAAAAUUGCAACCAUUUCUGCAAGGACAUAUGUUACAAGUUGACGGGGAAGACAAUUCCAAAGUGGGUUAAUCGACUCGCCAAAUUAGGCUCGAUCUUCAAUUUUGUCCUACCGGAAGCCCUUAAAAUCAGUGCGGUGCAACAUGACCCAAAACAGCAAGCAUUUGACGUUAGUGAGAAGAGAAGGCUAAGAAGUACUUUUACUUGUCUGUCCUCGAUCUCGUCUAGGCAAAAACAGUUGUCGACUUCCUCGUUGUUGCUACAAUCUCCCUUGAAAGGUUGCUUGCCCCCUUGGGAACUAAAAAGGUCCGCCAGUAAGUCCCUCAAGGAAAAGGAAAGAUGA